AUGUCCUCUUUGUCCUCGUUUAGAAUUUGUCGUGUUAAAUCGCUAACAAACAAUGGGAAAAAUAUUCAAUUGGUCACAUUUCUUUUACGUUAUAUAUCAAGAAAUUACACAUUAUUUUGCAAUUCGUUAUAUUUACUACCACGAACAAUAAUCGAUGAAUUAUGUUUAUAUUUGAAAUUAAUAGAUUUAUUCGAAUUAACAAAUGCAUUAAAAUUAUAUGAACAAACAACUGAAGUUAUAUAUAAACAUUUUUUAAGUCAAUUAAUAACGCGUGAAUUUGAUUAUGAGAAUGAAAUAAAUAGUGAACAAUCUCAACAGUUAACCUCAAAACAACGUCUAAUUAAUAAAUUAUUCAAUGAUUAUUUUCUCGAUGAUUUAAUACCUGUUAUUAAUGAUGAAAACAAUAAUGUCUACUCAUUUAUGAAUUUAACACUCAUAAAUAUUAUUGAUAAGCAAUACGAUGUUUAUCAUUUACAUCCGUAUGAUUAUAUUAAACAACGAUUGAGCCAAAAUCGAACUUUAUCUUUGUCUAAUUCAUCAACUGUUGUUUAUUCAAAAUACAAUCUAAUUGAAAUUGAUCAUCAUAAUAAUGAAAUGAUUAUAAAAAUAUCUAUUGAACAUAUUGAUCAUUUUUCUAAUUUAUUUAAAAAAAAUUCUAUUGGUCAAUUAAUAUUGACAAGAAUAAAACAAUGGUAUCAACUUCGUUUAUAUUCAUCAACUAUUACAAAUUUAAAUCAAACCUGUACGGAAUUUAUAUUGGCAAGUGAAAUUGCAUCCUAUAUGAACAGAAAUAAAACAUUUUGUUUAUUCAUAUCAAAUUUAAUACAACAAGCACCCAUAAAACAUUUAACAUUAUGUACUAUGACAUCAAGUUCAAUUCAAAUAUUUCUAAGAAAAUGGAUUACAAUACAAACAUUAACAAUUGGAAAAAAACGAAAACAAUCAAAGGAACAAAAAAAACAUAUAAUAAAUAUAAUUCAACAAUCAAAUAUGAUUAAAAAUUUAAAAUAUUUAAAUAUAACAGCAGUUUAUUUGAAUAAUGAUUCGCAUAAAAAUUUAAAUCGUUAUUUACCAUAUAUGACACAACUAUUACAUGUACAAUUUGUAUCAAUACGUUUAAGAAAGAAAAAUAUUGAAUGUCUAUUAGAAUUACUCGAUUAUGGUAAUAUUAAUUGUUUACAAUUGGAUAAUAUACAUUUAGCAUUUGAUCCUAGUAUAUUACUAAAUUAUAUUUUCUAUACAAGUAAAACAGGACGAUUAAUUAAUUCAAUUGAAUUAACUGAAUUAUUUGGAGGAAGAAGAACAAUACAAACAAGACAAACACAAAUAUUAUCAAACGAUUCAAUAGAGAAUCGAAUAAUUGAGAAUAACUCAUCGUUAUAUAAAAUACGACCAAUUAAAUGUUUAUAUAUAGAUGAAAUAAAAAGUGAAUGUUAUGAAUCAUUGUUAUUAUCGUAUAUAAAAAAUAAUGUUUUGAUACUUGAACAUUUUAAAUUUCAUACAGCAACGGUACUAAUGAAUGACUUUUUAAAAAUAUUAUUUACAACUAUAGAUAAACAAUGUAAAAAUGUGACCAUGUUAAGUAUUGGUGGUGGUUUAAACAUGAAUCAAUAUGAAAUACAACAAAUAUUUUGGUCAUGUAUUAAAAAUCAUACAAAAUUGAACGAUUUACAAUUGCGAGAUAUAACGUGGCAAUUAAAUAAUGAUUUUUUACAAGAUUUUAAUGAAUUUAUCAAAUCUUACGAUAAUAAACAAAAUAAAGUUAAUUAUCUUCAUUUUCACUCAAUACCCCAUACCUAUUUACGUCAAUUAAUUGAACAAACGAGUAAAAAUAUAAAUUGUUUUCCUAGAAAACUAAUUUUAUCCGAAUGUCAUUUAAAUGAUAAUGAUUUGUAUGAUCUAAUUAAUAUUAUCGAAAAAAUAAAUCAUUCAUUUAAAAUUAAAACAUCUAAUGAUCUCUUAGUGUCAACAAUCAUACUAUCAACAAGCUUAACAGCAAAUAUUUCCACAACGGCUAUUCAUGAAUUUCACAAACGACUUGAUCAUUUCAUAAAUUUAAAUGUUGUUUUAAAAGUACAAGAUAAUAUUGAUGAUGAUUUGUAUUCAAUAUCUGAUGAAAUAAUAAUCUGA